UUAUACAAAAGGCAUUUGCAACGUCGAAUUGACAAGAAUGCAGUCUGGAAUUUUAGGGAGCCUCUCGUCUCGGCCGCCAUGCCUGGCUCCGCGUACAGCGAGGCCCGUGGUUGUGGCGCCGGUUUCAGCACCUGCUUCAGCGGCGGCUGCCCACAAAUCCUCGCUACAGCAGCCGCGCGGAAGUGUGCGCGUGCAGUCGUCGAUAGAAUUCGUGGAGAGUAUUAGCAAGGAGGAGGCCGCGAAGUUUGACCGCAUUGCUGCUUCUCUCAUCGCCAAGCUGGAUAACGUCCAGGACUUUGACCAGGACGAGGCGGAGGAGGGCGAGGAGGACAGCGAGCUGGUGCCGUUCGGCGCCUCGGCCGCGCAGGUAGCCGCGCGGCAGGCGCGCCUGGCGCAGCUGCGCAGCAGCGGCGUCACCGGCAGCAGCGCCGCCGCCGCCGGCGCGGGCGACGGCGGGCUGUCGCUGUCGGACGGGCCGGACGGCGCCUACACGCCGCGCAACAAGCGGCGGCGGAAGAUCCCGGAUGAGGCAUUGCCCAAGGUGGCGAUUGUGGGGCGGCCCAAUGUGGGCAAGUCGGCUCUGUUCAACCGCAUCGCCGGCGCCUCCGUGGCGGUGGUGUUUGACCAGCCGGGCGUCACACGCGACCGGCUGUACACACGCGCCUUCUGGGGGGACAAGGAGUUCGUCAUGAUCGACACGGGCGGCCUGAUGUCGGACGCCACUCGCCUGCCUCCGGACGUACGGCAGGCGGCCAUGCGCUCCAUCAGCGCGGAGGGACUGCCCGAGGCCAUCGAGCGCCAGGCGGCGGCGGGUGUGGCGGAGGCGGACACGGUAAUCCUGCUGGUGGAUGGCCAGGCGGGGCUGCAGCCUGGUGAUGAGGAGAUCCUGUCCUGGCUGCGCUCCAACCACCCCAGCAAGUCGCUGCUGCUGGCGGUGAACAAGUGCGAGAACGUGGCCAAGGCCGACCAGAUGGUGGCCGAGUUCUGGUCCACGGGCCUGGAGCCGCACGCCGUGUCCGCCAUCAGCGGCACCGGCACCGGCGAGAUGCUGGACGUGUUGGCCAAGAUGCUGCCGCCGCCCACGGGCGCCGAGCAGGAUGACGACCCCGACCGCCCCCUGGCGGUGGCCAUUGUGGGCCGGCCCAACGUCGUUGCCUCAACUUCUGCGCCAUCUUCUAGCCCUCGCGUUGUUGCGGGCUCGGCACGGCCAUGCCACGCGCGAACCUCUCAAUUUAGGCACUCGCAAUGCACACGCCUACGAGCGUCAGUGGCAGAGGGGCAGAGCGUGGUGACGGCGCCAUCAUUCGUGGUGCCGGGCGAGGCUGAGGAGGAUACGCUCAUUGAGUUUAUUGACGUUCACAAGUCGUUUGGUGACAAGCCCAUUCUGCGCGGAGCCACGUUUAAAAUCCGGCGAGGCGAGGCCGUUGGCAUCAUCGGCGCUUCUGGCACUGGCAAAUCCACCACGCUGCGCCUGGCGGCAGGCCUGCUGCAGCCAGAUAAGGGCAUCGUAAAGAUUCAGGGCAAGCAGCGCAAGGGUCUGCUCUCAGACGACAACGAGUCAGAGUCCCAUCUGCGCGUGGGCAUGGUGUUCCAGAACGCCGCGCUCUUUGACUCGCUGACCGUGGGCGAGAACGUCGGCUUCCUGCUCUAUGAGCACAGCACGCUGCCGGAGAAAAAGAUUCGCGAGCUGGUCGCGGACAGCCUGGGCAAGGUGGGGCUGCGCGGGGUGGAGGACCUCUACCCGGCGGAGCUGUCGGGCGGCAUGAAGAAGCGCGUGGCGCUCGCACGCGCCGUGGUCAGCGACGUGCGUACUGACGUGGAGCAGGUCAUCAUGUAUGACGAGCCCACGGCCGGCCUGGACCCGGUGGCCUCCACCGUGGUCGAGGACCUCAUGCGCAGCCUGCACGCCCAGGCCACGGAAACCAUGCUGGACGGCAAGCCCAGCGGCAUCUCCUCCUACAUCGUGGUGACGCACCAGCACUCCACCAUCCGGCGCGCAGUUGACCGCAUCAUCUUCCUGCACCAGGGCAAGGUGGUGUGGGAGGGCAGCGUCAAGGAGUUUGACACCACGGAUGAGCCCAUCGUGCGCCAGUUUGCGGAGGGCAGCCUGGAGGGGCCCAUAUCGUAUGUGUGAGCGGCUUGGCCGGCUGCCUGGGUGGAGGCGUGCAUGGGUGGUUGGGGGCGGCGGCGGCUGGGCUGAGGCGUGGUCAUGGGGCAGCAGGCUUGUGGGAGUGUGGGUGUGGGAGAGGUAGGGAGUGUGACACAGGGUGUGUAGCCCAGAGAAGGCACGGCAUGCGGUGCUUUGACUGUGGCAGGUACCACUGGCCUUGUGCAGCGGCGUGGCGUGGCGCAAUGGCUUUGGUGGGGCGGCCUUACCAGAGGGCGGGCUCGCCUGCUCCUGCGUAAGGGGCCAAGCGUGCAAGCUGGGGCUGGGACAGCGGAAGGGUUGCCGCACGCCCCUUGGCUGACGGGGUAACGAACAAGGCAAUGAAGGACACUGCGUGUAGGACGCAUGAGCUUGGUGCGCAUGCUGUUUGCCAUAGCUGCUUGAAUGCGCACCAAUGCUCACGCAACUGUACAGUAUGUUAUCCAAUCUAACGAUGGCGCAGCAAGGCUGUGAUGCACACGGUUUUGGUGCGCUGGUCUUGCUGCGUGUUUGACGCUCUUAAUUAGUGUGUUUACUGUCUUGGGCUUGACAGCCCAACAAAUGCUGAUGAGAGUGUAUGUGUGCGUGUGCUGACACGGCUGUGCAACAUUACCCUGGCGAGAAUGACUGCGUGUCUGGUGGUUGGGCGAGAGCGAGGAAUGCAUGGAUUGGGUAUGGAGGGCAUGAGCGAGGAGGCAUGGUCAGGACGCUGUCGGGUGGUCUGCCUUGAAGCAGAGACGAAGGGUAUGGUCCAGUAGCGGACCAUGCGCAGAUUGUGUGUUAAAUCUGGUCUGCAGAGCCCAUCAUUGUUUAUGGACACGAGGUGCUAUGACAGACCCCUUUGAACCCUUU